AUGAAUAUAAUUUAAGAAUUAGAGAUAGAUCAAGAGCGGUAGGAGGAAAAGAAAUAAAUGUCUUUUGAUGAUUCUGAUAUAGAAUACAACUAUUUUAAGAUCCCUCCUAAUUUGGAAAAAGCUUAAUUACAUAGAGUAUUUCUCAUAAUUAUUAUUAGUAAGCAUAUACAGUUCAAAAAGAAUAUUUUUAAAAUUCUUAAUAAUGUCUUUGUUGUAAUUUCCAUAAAGAUAAUAUAAAGUAUAGUUUUUUUGAAGGAAGAAAAUAUUAUCAUCAUCAUAGUUCUCUAGGUGAAUAUUUUGAAUUGAUAAAAUAUUGCAUCUAUUAACUAUUGAUUAUUGGGUAAUACAAAUAAUUAUGAUUAGUAUCUUUCUUGUUCCUUAUUGUUCUAUAAUUCAUAGUUAAGGAAAUUAAUGUGAGAAAAUUUUAGAUUGUGAUGAAAAUACAAAUAAAAUUUAUUCAGUGUGGAAUCUUAUUCCAAAAUAUAAAUCUUUAGAUAAUCAAAAUUAUAGUUAUUUUGUUCAUCUUACAUUCAUACUUCUUUAAAUUUUACAUUUGAGAUUUUUUAGUAAUCAUAAAACAACAAAAAGAAUUUAAACUCCUGCUAUGUUUGAAUAUUUAAAAUACACUUGUCUUUAUUUUCCUAAAUUUAUCCAUUAAGAUAUAAUGAAAUAUAUGAAAAGUUAAUAGCACAACCUUUUUGUAUACAGAGUAUUUGAUGAAAAGAAAUAUGAAGAUUCUUUAUUAAAAGAACUAAAGUAUAAAUAUUCUUAAAAAUAUGAUAAUGAGUAAAAUAUUAAUUAUUUAUUUUUAGUCCUAAAUGGACAAAAAAAGUUUUAAUGAAAUUAAUAUAAGAUAAUACUUUAAUAAAUGAUUGUAUAAUAGGGAAGAUUGUAUUAAUGGAUAAAUUAGCAUUUAUUAAAAAUGAAUUAUUUAUGCUUUGCAAUUUAUAUAAUUAACAAGUUUAAGAAUAUCAAUAUUAAGACACUUAAAAGAAAGAGACUAAAGCUUUUUGGUUUAUUUUUUUUAAUUUAUUAUUUUCUUAUUAUUUACCUAGAGUAUUGAUAACGCUUACAAUGUUUUUUAGGUUAAAAACAAUUACAAUUUACUUUGAAGGAGAUGAUCUUAAAAUAAUAUAGGGUAUUAUAAAAGCUUUAUUUAGUAUUACAUAAAUACUAAUAUUAAAAUUAAGUGAUUAUGUUUGUAGAAAUGGAUCAUCAAUGGUGCAUUAAUCUGUAAAUCUUAAUUUCUUAUUUUCAGUUUCAAUUAUUUGUUUUUGUAGAUAUAGCUUUAUCUGGACAUUUUACACAAUGGACUAAUUGCUUUGA